AUGGAGUAUCUGUAUUCGUUUCUGCCAAAGCUGCGGGUUCAACAUGGAUCGUCCUGGAAUCAAAUUACAGUGAAUGCCCAGAUACGUCGCGCACGUCCCCAAAGAGCUGGUUGUUGUUUUGCUCAUGCUGGCUCUUGCAGAUACGGCUCAAAGCUGCCUGCCUGCAUGGGGACGAUGCGGAACACUUUUGUGUCAAAGACUUGCUAUUUGUGGCCAUCAGCCGUGAAACCCUCAUUCAGGUUGUUUAACCGACGUGCAAUGCAGUUGACGGCAUGGGACACUUCCAUAUUGACCUCACAGAUCGCUUCCCUGGUGACAGCAUUCGUACAAGGGCUGCGUCGAAGACAUUUCCACCACGAGAGACGAUCUGGAUCGUGGGUGAUCGAAUGUCUUGCACAUUCAUGGCGCCAAGUUCACUAA